AUGGUCCGAGUACCCGCUUACUGUCGACGAUUUCUCCAGAACUGUCGGAAAACUUCUAUAGCACGAAAGGAAUCAGCACAUCUCACAGUCGACGAGCGGAAGGAAGCAAAAGCGACGAUUAUCGGACUCAUCCAACAGCAAAGCUUCAACACCGAGUACAAGGCCCCUCAACAAGCACAAGCAGUAUCCCCGAAAUCUCGCAUCCGUUGGUUUCAUCCUUUCAUAGGCUCUGAUCAACUGAUUCGAAUUGGCGGCAGGCUGGGAAAGGCAAAUCAACAGUAUGACAGCAAACACCAGAUUCUUCUUCCUUCUUCGCAUCAUUUCUCCACCAUAUUCGUUCGCUACUACCAUGAGAAACAUCUGCAUGCAGCACCACAACUUCUGCUCAAUCUUCUUCGAUUACGAUACUGGAUCACCGGGGGCAGAAGUUUGGCCAAACUCACAGUGCACAAAUGUGUGAUUUGCGUUCGAGCUCGCCCCAAACUGCUCGAGCAAUUUAUGGCUGAACUACCCGCAGCACGAAUCACCGCAGCUCGACCAUUCUCUGUGACCGGCGUCGACUAUUGGGGACCGAUUCAACUAAAACCACCCCAUCGAAGAGCUGCAUCUAUCAAAGCCUACGUUGCAGUUUUCGUGUGCUUUGCAACGAAAGCUGUGCACCUUGAACUAGUGGGUGACCUGAGCACUGCCAAAUUUAUUGAAGCGCUUCGCAGAUUCGUCUCUCGUCGCGGAUUGUGCGCUGAAAUCUACAGCGACAACGAACGCAACUUUUUAGGAGCAGCCAACGAACUGCGUCAAAUAUUGCAAAGCAAAGAUCGCCAGCAAACAAUCGCCCGCGACUACGCCGACAACAGAAUCCAUUGGCAUUUCAACUCCCCAAGAGCAUCGCAUUUUGGUGGCUUGUGGGAGGCCGCAAUUGCAUCAGCGCAGAAACAUUUCGUACGAGUACUUGGAACUCACACGCUUGCCUACGACUCGAUGGAAACACUGCUAGCACAAAUCGAGUGCUGCCCCAACUCCCGCACGCUUGUGCCACUGUCCGAUGAAUCUAGCGACUUGGAGGCACUCACACCAGGUCAUUUUCUCACUGGAGCUGCACUGAAGGCUGUCCCGGGCAUAGAUGUCACCGACAUUCCUUUCAACAGACUUCGACAGUGGCAACAACUUAAAAAAAUGUUCCAACAGCCGUGGAAACGAAGGAACCUAGAAUACAUUUCAACACUACAAGGGCGAACGAAAUGGUACAACCCUCCGAUACACAUAACGAAGGACCAGUUGGCAGUUAUCAAGGACGAAAACUCCACUCCGAUGAGCUGGCCGACUGGAAGAAUCGUUGAACUUCACCCCGGGGACGACGGAACAUCUCGUGUCAUCACACUACAGACACCCAACGGCCGAUACACUCGACCGGUAUCCAAAAUUUGUCUGCUGCCAAUUUCAUCAGCAGCAGAAAAUCAGUCACCACCCACUACAGUAUAA